AUGGAAGCCGAUCAAGUUUAUAAGGACCGAGUGAUGCAAUGGAAAUUGGCUUGUAGUGAUGACAUAAUAAUGAACAAAGAUGCAAUGCUGUUAUAUUCAAAUAACAGAAUAUGCAGUAUCCACUUUGAUGCCAACCUAAUGACAAAUCACCGUUUAUCGAAAAAUGCAAUUCCAACAUUGAAUCUGUUCCGAAAACCAAGAGGAAUAGAUGUUCAAACCCAAACAGAAGAUAAAAUGGGAACCGAAGGAAAACGAGUUGCACAUAUAGAAACUCAAACAACCAAAGAAUUAUCUCACCAAACACCAAGAAAAAGAAAGUUGAGGCAUCUAAUUGAGUCAAAGGAAAAUGAAAUUAAAAGAAUGAAAUUAAAGACAUUCAACCUCGAACAGUCUAUUCAGGAAAUAGAUCCCUGUAAGACACAACUAUCUAAAGACAAAUUCAAAAAGGCUUGUGAUAUUCAUCUGCCAAAUAGUUUUGGAAAUAUAGCCAAAAUAAUCAGUGAUCUCAAUGAUAAAAAUCUAAAAGGAAGAAGAUAUACCGAGGAAUUUAAACAGCAUUAUCUACAUUGA